AUGGAGACGGUGAGUGCGGGCGUUUUUAAGAGAGUGAUCGGUGUCGUCGCCCUAAUAUGGGUAACAGACACCAUAGCCUUGCGGGACGUGCAACUUAUAGCGCCAUCCGCCGUCAGACUUGGGGACACGGUGCUGCUUGGCUGCAAAUGGACCCUGGAAGGAAACGAAACUUUGUACAGUGUCAAAUGGUACAGAGGGCGGCAGGAGUUUUUCAGUUAUCUCCCCAAAGAGUAUCCAUAUACGAGAAUCUUCGCGCAGCCCGGCAUCAAUGUUGACAUUUCGAAGUCGUCGUCGCAGCAAGUGGUUCUGCGCGAUGCCACACGCGCCCUCGCAGGCCGCUACCGCUGCGAGGUCUCUGCAGACGCGCCUUCGUUUCACACGCAGGUCCGCUCCGCUUACAUACACGUCGUGGGUAAG